GCGGAUUGACCGGAGCCCACCCCCCCACCCCCUCGACUGAAAGAUGAACGCGCAGUGGGGCACGCAGCAGGGCACGGGGGUCCACACGAGCCCCCAGAGCCCCCAGAGUCCCCAGAUCCCCUCGGCGACGGCGGCGUCGUUCGAGCAGCUCCGCUUCCUGAGCCUCCAGCAGCUGCGGGGGCUGCUGCAGAACGACGAGAAGAUCGCGGAGAUGGCGCGGGAGCGAGACGAGGUGCAGUGCGUGGAGCUGGAGCGCUGCACGGCCGUGGCGAGCACGCGCAGCCUCGCGGAGCUCAACGUGGGCCUGGAGCCGCAGCUGGCGCUGUCCAGGGCCGUGCUGAGCAGCAAGUACCAGCAGCUGCACGAGCUGCUGCGCGACUACCAGCACAAGCAGCGCCAGCUCGCCGAGAGUUUUGACGGCAGCUGCUGUCCGGAAACGCUGCUCGCCCUGCUUCAAGCGGAAACGGCCAAGGCUGAGGAUGAGGCCGAGGCCGUGGCCGAGAGCUUCCUGGCGGGCGAGCUGCCGCUGGACGACUUCGUCGAGAGCUUCCUCGCCCGACGCUCGCUCAUCCACCUGCGGCGCGCCAAGGCCGACAAGCUCAAGGAGAUGCUGCUCGACCAGUGAGGGGGUCAAUGUGGCACCACAGACCCACGGUGCGGACGGACGGACGGACGAUCAGCUGCGGUGGAACCCCCCCCCCCCCCUCCACCGUGAAACGAGACCCAACCUGGACCAACCUGGGAAGGGACUUCACGGAGAGACCCUCGUCAUGAAGUUCUGACCACGGAACCACCGCCGUGACAGCAGAGGUCGCAAACGGGUUUUGAUUCCUUACCCGUACCCGGCCGCACCAGGGUCGCAAACGAGUACCCGUAUCCGUACCCGGCCGUACCCGUACCCUACCCGUACCCGGCCGGGUACGGGUAGGGUACGGGUAUCGGGUACCUGAUUGCGACCUCUGGGAUGAAGCCAUGUUGCAGGUGCGGGUGGGUUGAUUCUAGGAACUUGAAUUGUGAGAAGAGACAAGACAUUGGGAAAUGAGUGACAAACGGUUACUCACCAGUGACUCACGGCCUACCUGUACCCGGCCGCACCAGGGUCGCAAACGGGUACCCAUACCCGGCCUGGUACGGGUAGCCGGGUAUCGGGUAGGGAACGGGUAUCAGGUACCCGGUUGCGACCUCUGCGUGACAGCCCUGCAUUGUAGCGUGACCCGUUGUGUGGGUGUCGAUGAUCGCGUGCCGCCGGGAAUUCCUGCUCGGUAACGCCGGGCAGCUUACCCGGCGAUGCUGCUGCCAGUGGUGCACAAGCGCAAUGAAAACGAAACUUUACCACGUAAGGCCCACUGAGCUGCUGUAUAGCUAUUUUUCAUAAGCGAUCAGCUACAAAUGGUAGCUCGGCAAAGUGGCUUGCCAGGUGGAAAUGUAUAGCGGCCAAAUAAUCUAAACGCAUCUUUCUAAAUGUGGAGGAAAAACCGGAGAACCCGGAGAAAAAUCCACGGUGAGAGAGACACGCAAACUCCAAAUACACAACAGGUGUCAGGGUCGGGAACGAACCCACGACAUCCUGCAUACCAGGCGAGGUAUUUAACAACUCGCCACCGUGCGCGCAAAAGCAAACUCUAUGAUCCCCUCGCCAACCAGCGUCAAGAGAGCACAGAAAGGGACACCUCGUCCCCUUUCUAAGGCUGGUCGCUUAGCCCCCCUCACCAUCCAACUUCCACGUACAAGGUUAAGCAACGGUACAGCCUAUAACACCUGUUACGCAUGGUGGUCGCCCAUCGAAACAAUGUCCAAGCCUCCAUAGACUCCGAGAUGGGAUGAGAUCGGGGGCAGCAUGCCGCGCGCUAGUUUAGUCAUAGACUAGCAUCCCCUUUGCAGCAUAAAAUCUAUACAGUGUAAUCAUUCCUUAUAUACAAAUGGUAUGCGAAUGAGUGGAGCGGUGGCGCAGCAGUGGUUAUCGCGUUCAAUGCGUUACGAACCCAGUGAACUUUUGAUUCUGGCCACGGCGCUAACAUUGGCGGCGAGCGAUGAUCUGAACUGAUAAUUCACUCACCACCGGCGGGUGCCAGCCGUGGCUGGGAAUCAAAACUCAAAGGGUCGUUGAGUUCGUAGCGCAGCAGAGUGCACUAACCACCGCGCCACCACUCCACCCCACCCAGAAGUGUACAUUGUGAAGGUGUUCACAUUAAUAGGGUCAUGGAGCCGUGUGACAUGAGCCGUGAUGUGUUCGUUAUUUACUUAUUUAAUUGUCCGUCUCCAAAUUAAAUUGAGUUGAGCAAUG